AUCAGUGUUUUUGGAUUGACAGAGAGGAGGUUUGACAGUUUGGGAUUCUUUGGACUGUAUAUUUUAACGUUGAGCUUUUAGUUAACUUUACAUUAUAGAUUCAAGUUGAGUUAACUUGUACCGAGAGCAGAUCUUUGUUCUCUGUUUCACUUGUAGUUAUUAAGUUAAGCCAUAACACCAGUCUAUAUUUUGUUUUAAUGUAACGUUUGCUGACGAAGUUCCGUUGUGUCCGUGUGAGCAGCCAUGUCCAGCAGGUACCCGAUAGUAGUGCAGGGCGAGGCCUCUGAGACCGACUCUGACGAUGAGGUCUACAUCACCUCCCUGCCUGCUCCACAAACCGCCACAGUCGGAGCCAAGGUUGUCUUAAAGGCUGUGUGUUUGAGUGAGAGAGAGAGAAAAGUUCCUGGGGAGGCGUCUGAAACAGAUAGUGAGGAUGAGGAGGAGCAGGAGGACCGAGCCCCUGCACUGAGCACGGAGAGCUCCCAGAUACUCAGGAGAGACCUGCCUCCUCUGAUCGUAGUUAGAGACCAUCCUGAUAUACAGUCGAUAGUGGAAGACAGGCCAAGCCCCAUACACAGACCGUCUGGUGACACCCUUUUACAACAGAAGCUGCAGGAAUCGAACAGCCGGCUGUAUUCUGACGUGGGACAGACAGUACGGCAGGUUUACGGCAGUGCCAGUAAAGAGGUGCACAGUGCAACAGCUCAGCUGAAUACUUCGCAGAGCGCCAUCAUCAAUGUCUCCCACAGCAUCAGACUAAUCCUGGACGACCUGAAGGCUGUGUCCGAGAAGAUCGACAUCAUCACCAGCUGUCAAAUACUGCCUGAUAUUAACAUCAAUAAUCCAAACAAUUGUACUGCUCCUACAACAUAAACAAAUCAAUAUACUGUGUAUGUUGUAGUUAUUAUUCGAAUCUAGUGAUGUUUUAACAUCUUCACUGGUAUAUUUUCUUUAAAUGUCAGAUAGUAGGAUUCAAGCUGGAAAAAAAAUAACAUUUUGUGUUUACGUCAGUGUUUACAAACAGUGACUAUGCAUAUGAACAAAUAUGUACAGUAUAUUUAACAGUCACAUUAUAUAUGUAUUUAUUUGCCGGGAGUUACAAAAAUAUACGUUCUGACAUCUCAUGUUUUGUUUUGUCAGUAAUGUAUUGAAAAUAUCCAACUUUUUCCCUGCAGUUACUUGUAAACCUAUAUAACUCAACAUAAUCUUUUAAGCUGACUUUUGUAAGGCGUAUACUUUAGCUGUUUUCUGGUCCUCUGUGAUAUUUCAAAGAGGCAGACUUGUACAUGUAUUUCAUGCUAUAUUUUUUUUUAAAAUCGUAAAAGAAGCAAGAGCCCGUAGCUGCUCCCCCUGAUGGUUCACUGACAUGGCAUUAUAUGAAAAUAAAGGUGCAGAUAAUUGAAACAGUUAGGAAGAAUUUUCUCGCUUGAAAUGUUUUAGUUAUAAAUAUCAAUUUAUUUUCAAAACAUGAAUAAAAAAAGAAAUCAUACAGGCAGAAAAUGGUCUGUGAGGGUGUAGAUUUCACAACUUCCAAUAAAUUAAAUUGCACUGUAAACAGACUGUAAUUCUGUUAAACGGACGAUCUGUGAAUUAAACAUUGCAGUCAAAAUUUGGAAAAACA